CCACGUCAUCCCCUCUGUCCACUUGGCCAUCGACCUCGCCGCACGUGGCUUCACCGUCACCUUCAUCAACACCCACGCCAUCCACCACCACACCUCCAACGCCCAUUCGGCGGCCGGAGAUGAUUUGUUUCCGGCGUACGGAAGUCGGGGCUGGACAUACGAUACAGAACCAUUUCGGACGGCUUGCCGGUUGGAUUCGACCGGUCUCUGAACCCGACCAGUUUAUGGGGUCGUUGUUGCAUGUGUUUUCGGCCCACGCGGAGGAGGAGUUGGAGAAGAUUGUGAGAACGGCGUCGGAUGGCGGAGGCCCGGCGGUGAGUUGUCUGAUAGCGGAUACGUUCUUUGUAUGGCCGUCGAAAGUGGCCAAGAAGUUUGAUUUGCUUUAUGUUUCGUUCUGGACCGAACCGGCUUUGGUUUUUACGCUGUAUUAUCACUUGAACCUUCUACGCAAGAACCGCCAUUUUGCUUGCCAAGAUAUUCGAGAGGACGCCAUAGAUUACAUACCUGGGGUACCUACAAUCAAUCCACAAGAUACGAUGUCGUAUUUACAAGAAACCGAUACGACGUCGGUUUGUCACCAAAUCAUAUUCGCAGCAUUUCAGGACGUUAGAGGUGCAGAUUUCGUGUUAUGCAACACCGUACAAGACAUCGAAAACGAUACCGUUUCGGCUCUCCAAGCCCAAAUCCCAUUCUACACCAUCGGACCCAUUUUCCCACCUGGAUUCACCAAAAGCUCGGUCGCAACCAGCCUAUGGGCCGAGUCCGACUGCACCCACUGGCUCAACUCCAAACCCCACGGCUCAGUCCUCUACGUUUCAUUCGGAAGCUACGCCCACGUCACCAAAACCGACCUCACCGAAAUAGCCCAUGGGCUUUCAUUAAGUGGGGUCCAUUUCAUUUGGGUGCUCCGACCCGAUAUCGUCAGCUCAAACGAUACCGACCCAUUACCCAUUGGAUUCAGGAAGGAGGUUGCUGACCGUUCGAUGAUCGUGCCAUGGUGUCAUCAAAAUCAAGUGCUGGCCCACCCUGCAAUCGGAGGGUUCUUAACUCACUGUGGAUGGAACUCGAUUUUGGAAAGUAUUUGGUGUAAUGUACCGUUGUUGUGUUUCCCUUUGCUUACGGAUCAGUUCACGAAUCGGAAAUUAGUGGUGGAGGAUUGGACGGUUGGGAUUAAUUUGAAAGAUGGACGGCAGAUGAUAAAGAAGGAAAAAGUUGCGGAGAAGAUUAACCGUCUGAUGGAUGGAAAAUCAGGGAGUCAGUUUAAAGCUGCGGUUAGAGAAGUGAAGAGGAAAUUGGAAGAUGCUGUGAAACCCAAUGGAUCGUCGGAUAAAGCUAUGAACCAAUUUAUCAACGAUCUCAAAGUCGCUAUCUCAAAUAAAUUUGAACGGGUGAAAACAAUAAGCAUUGGGUUCUAGAUUUACCAAAAGUACUCUCAAACUUUGCUAAAUGUUUCAAAAAUAUUCUACCUCAUUUAUAAUUUGUAACUUUGUCACGGAUGUUUCAAAAUAAACUUUUUUUUUUCAUAGAAUUAGAAAAUCGUUAGAAUUCUGAAUAAAAAUUGAGACUUGAAA